AUGAGUCCUCUGCUUAUAUUGCUUUCUGGGAAACCUCAGCUGCCUGUUCUCGACACUGCCGCCGCAGAUAUCAGGGGAUCUUCCUCACUGCUUGCUCUUCCCACGUUGGGCCGUGAUGCCAUAGCUGCCACUGAAGUUGCUGCCUACCCAAUCUCCUCCAGGGCCUCAAGAACAUGCCAGGUUUGGAGUCACAAUGUUGGCUGUGGUCUGUGUGGACCACAAUCUCUAUUGUUGCCUCCAGCGGUUGCGCCCCCUGCGGAUCUCCAGAAGGAAACGGCGACGGAAGUGAGGCCGGAAGCUCGUGGUCGGGAACCUGACAACCGUCGGUUGGGAGCAAGGAGGCUGCGGCUGGUUGAUGUUACAGCUCUGCAGCCACUUUGGAUAUUGAAACCUGCCAAACAGAAAAUGCUGUUCAAAGUGUUGGUGAGCUGUACUUUUAUUGUGAUGUGCUCCACACACGUUCAUCAUAAACAUGAGCCAGUUGUAUCUGAGGAUCACUAUAUGGAUGGUGAACACAACCCUGAAUUCGAUCGGGAAGUCUUAUUUGGUGGAGAGAAAGAAGUUGGGGAGCUCGCUAAGCUGAGCCCUGAGGAACAACAAGCUCGGCUCAAAACCCUCAUCAAGAAGAUGGAUUUGGAUGCAGAUGGCUUUGUAACCAAAGCUGAACUCAGUGGAUGGAUCCAGCAGUCCUUUAAACAUUAUGCCACAGAGGAGAGCAAAGAACAGUUUCCAGAGCAUGACCUGGAUGGUAACGGAGUUGUUACAUGGGAAGAGUACAACAUUCAUAGUUACGACCGAAUGCUGGAUUACGAUGAAAAUACUCCGCUGGCUGAUGAAGAGGAGGAAUCCCUCAGACAGGUGCGAAGGAAAUUUCUCUGAGUCAGGGUAUCAUACUUGUACAUUUAUUUUUGAGAAACGGAACCAAACUUGAGAUAAUUUUAAAC